AUAGAUUAAAUCAAAAAGGAGUUUAUUCCAAUGUCAUCUCAUUCUGCGCGAGAGUACUAGCUUUAUGCUUCUUUAAAAUUCCUGGUGUUGGUUUCGCAUUACUCCACGCAUUACCUGUAAACAGAUUUCAUAUCAAAAGAUUAUUAAGGGAGGCCGUUGGUGACGAUUAUUUAAGCAUCGACCAAAUUUCAAAACAAAAUAACAAAAUUGUCUCGCUAUUUCCGGAACAUUUAAAAAUUCUUUGCUUCUCAAAUUUGCAAACAUGGUGGGGACAGAUUGAAAACGCGAAACGGAUUUGGGGGGAACCACCAAUUGAAAUGAAUGGAAAUUGGAUGAGGAGAUGGCAGAGUGAUGAUAGUGAACUGUUUUUUUCAUUUUAUAAACAUUAUCACGUCGUUCUUAAAUCAUACCUCGCGACACACCUCGCGACUUUGGCAAAUACCAAAUCAAUGACUCCUCCAUAUCAAUAUAUCACUUCACCUGGGUAUAUCCAUCUAGCUUCCUUUUUCCUUCUUAAGAUAGAAUCUCUUGUUAAUCGUAGUAUUCACAUAAUCACUACAGUCAUUCAAUUCGAGCAUUCAAAAAAUAUACAAAAUUCUGUUUCUACCGUAUCAGGAGUUUCAACCGAGAUGAAUUCAAAUGUUGCUGUUGUUGAUACUUAUGCUACAGCUGGAAUUGGAAAUAGCACCGUUAAUGGGGACAUUGCUAACACAAACACAAAUAUAAGCGGAUUGAUGAAUAGUGGUCAAUCUAAUGAAAAACCUAAAGUAUUAGAAGUAGCAGAAAAACGUUUCGUAGAAACUAUGGUUUCCAUUGCAGAAAAUGGGGUUUUCCAGGAAAUGUGUAAUGCUUGGACCAAGGCUUUAAUUAAAAAAACAAAUAUGUACGAUGUAGAGGGGGUAUUUUGUUUACUGGACUUCAUUGGUGCAUUAAUAGUCGAAUUAGAUUCCAGGGAUAAUGCUAUUGUAUCUUCCGAGUCAAUGACCACUUAUACUCCUAAUUCAAACGAUACAUUUGAUUCACUUUUUUCACCGCCUAACCUUACAAAUAUACUCGACGUCACCUCUUAUAUCUCACUGGUUAAAAUAAUACUUGAUAAAUCGGAUCAUACGAUCACAAUUCUACGAACAAUAAGUUUUGUUUAUACCCACUUUCCCCUUCUAACUUCACGUCCUGUUUAUUUGAAGCAAUUGGUCAAAGAUGUAAUUUUGGAUGAAGAUAUAUUUGAGCGAAUGAUUUGUCACUGGUCUAGAAAUAUUAGGAUCUACUUUAUGAGAUUAUUGGUAUGGCGGGUCGGUAGAAUCGGUGGAGGGAUCGGAAAAAGAGAUGAUGGUAAAGAUUUUGAAGGUGAUAGGAGUGAGGAAGAAGAUCUCGUGGUUGACGAACCUUCUGAAUUAGCUGAUGAUUCUAAUAGUGAAAAUCAAAAAAGAUCUGAUAAUUUGAUUCCUUCACCACCGUCGUCAAUUACUUCUGAUUCCAAAUCUUCAGCCUCAUCAGCAAAAAAAAAUAAGAUACUUUCUAUGAAGGGCUUGAUUUCUUCGUCCAGCAAGGAUCCCUCAACAGCCGCGGCCCUAUUUCGCUGGAUAUUUUCCAAUAAAUCACAUAAACCAGUUUCUCUGGACUCGGAUCCGGAACCUACGAUCACUAUAAAUACACCACCCACUCCAAUACGUACAGACAACAAACAAUUGUUUACCCCUGUUUGGUCUUACGCGCCUCACAGACAUACGUAUGCAGGAAAAGCAAUUGUGGAGUAUGAAGCUGUUAACCAAGAAUAUGCUGAAUGGUGUGCCCAAGUGGCGAAUGUGGAAAGUAGGAUUUUACUUGGCGGUUAUAACUCCAUGACGAAUUACAACAUAAAGGCGAUGGCGGCAAGAUUUCCUGUUUUGACCGUGGAGUAUCCAAAAUAUUUUGGGAAUUCAUUGAUGUGA